AUGAGCGGCAAUAUUCAGAGCGUGGAGGUUGCUCCUCAGCCUCCUCCGUUCUCACCUCCUGUCCCCGUGGGUUCGGACUCGUCGAACUAUGGCUCGGGGAUCCUAGAGGAUACGACAUUGGACGAGCCUGUGCUGGACACAGUGAAAAGAGAUUUGGGGAUGGUCUGGACCAAGUUAACGAAAGUGAUGAUGCCUUCGAGGGAUACACGGGAUGAGCUACGAAACUGGGAUUUGUGGGGGCCUCUUUUUCUUUGUUUGAUCCUCGCAAUUCUACUCAGCAUCGAUGAAUCUGGGAACAUACAAGAGAGCACGAACAGAGAUCGACCUGCGGUUGUUGUUUGGGUUGGAGCUGUUGUUGUGACAGUGAACGCGAAGCUAUUGGGAGGAAAUGUAUCAUUUUUUCAGAACAUUUGUCUGCUGGGGUACUGCGUGGCUCCGAUGAUUCUUGCCACUUCGCUUUGUAUGAUCGUCCGUACUGGCGUUGCGAACGUUAUUCUCCGCCUGCUCUUCUCCCUGGGAGGGAUGCUGUGGUCCUUGCGGUCUUCUCUGGGUUUUCUCUCUGAGGUGGUUGUUCCUCAGAGGCGCGCACUGGCUGCAUACCCAGUCUUGCUGUUCUUCACUGCUAUCACAUGGAUGAUCAUGUUAAGAACAAGCUCUGCAUAA